CAUCUCCCAUAAUUCCGUGGGCGCGGCUGGUUUCCGGUCCUGCGCCGUGUCUGGAGCGGAUUGGAACCCGGAGUCAGGACUCGAUAAAUGAAGGGUCUUUUGCAGAAAAGACUGUAGGUUGGCAAAAUGGCUGAUCCAACACCAGAUGAGUUUGUCUGGUGCGAUGACUGUGGACAGUAUCACGACUCGGAGUGUCCUGAAUUGGGGCCGCUGGUGACUGUUCAGGACUCUUUUGUGCUCAGCAGAGCGAGGUCCUCCCUACCUAACAGUUUGGAGAUCAGAGAAGUGAAGACCGGAGAAGAGGGAGUGUUUGUACUGAGACGCCUUGUCAAGAGAACACGAUUUGGACCAUUUGAGGCUAAAAGGGUCUCACAUUUACAAAGAGAGGGGAAAUUUCCUCUGAAGGUGUUCCAAAAAGAUGGCACCGUGGUGUGUUUUAACACCAGUAAUGAGGAGGACUGUAAUUGGAUGAUGCUCGUGAGACCUGCUACAGACCACAGUCAUCAGAAUCUGACAGCGUACCAACAAGACGACGAUGUGUACUUCAACACCUCACAAGAUGUCCUACCAGGUACUGAGCUGCGAGUGUGGUACGGUGCCUUCUACGCUAAGAAGAUGGAGAAGCCCAUGUUAAAACCUCAACUUCAACCUUCUUUACCUCCAUCAGAGAAAACUGGGCCCAAAAUACUGACAGACGCUGAAGAAUACAAUACAAAUGAUGUAAAAUUGGCGCUUCCACUUGACCCACAAGAGGAGAGUCAUGUAUUUCCAGAGGUGGAUGUAGGUCCCCCUCCUGCUCCACGCACCCAGAGGAAAAGUCCUAUUCGGGCGAGGAAAAACAGAGGACGCAGACCCACCAUCUCCACCACUGCAAACAAAAGCAAAGUUUCGAAGCCAGUAAAAAACUGUUCAGUUUUGGAGGAAUCUGAAACUACAGAGAUGGCACCAGUUGAAAGCAUUGCCCCAGCCCAUGACACAGAGACUGAACCCAUCAUCAAGAGGCCCAAACUUCGAGACCAAAAGAAGGUAUACCGCUGCUCCCUGUGCAGCAAGAUCUUCCAGAACAGCAGCAAUUUGAAUAGACACAUCCGCUCUCAUGGGGACAAGCUGUUUAAAUGUGACGAUUGUGACAAGUUAUUUAGCCGCAAAGAAAGUCUGAAGCAGCACAUUUCUUAUAAGCACAGUAAGACAAUGCCUGAUCUGGAGUACAAAUACAAGUGCAACACCUGUGAGAAAUCCUUUCGCCUAGAAAAUGCCUUGAAAUUCCACAACUGCCGAACAGAUGACAAGACCUUCCAGUGUGACAUCUGCUCACGGUUCUUCUCCACCAACAGUAACCUUUCCAAACACAAGAAGAAACAUGGAGACAAACUCUACUCCUGUGAAAUCUGCAACAAAAUGUUUUAUCGCAAAGAUGUGAUGCUCGAGCACCACCGGAGGCACGGUGUGGGAGCAAAAAACACAAAGAGAGAAGACCUGGAGGCCAACGGUGAAGAGAACAUUAAGUACAGAAAGGAACCGUCGCCUUGUCCAAUCUGCGGAAAGGUGUUCUCCUGCAGGAGCAAUAUGAACAAGCACCUGCUCACUCACGGAGAUAAGAAAUACACCUGUGAGAUCUGUGGGCGCAAGUUCUUCAGAGUGGAUGUGCUGAGGGAUCACAUCCAUGUCCACUUCAAGGACAUUGCACUUAUGGACGAGCAGGAACGAGAAGACUUCAUCAAGAAAAUUGGCAUUUCUGCAGAGGACAGUGAAGAAACAGAUGAGGAAGACGAGUUGGAGGAUCCUGAACGGCACAAAUACAACUGCAAAAAAUGUCAACUGUCAUUUGCGAAAGGUAAGGAGUAUUUGAAGCACAUCAUGGAGCAGCACAAAGAGCGUGGUUAUGGCUGUGGCAUCUGUAACCGACGCUUUGCUCUGAAGGCCACAUACAAUGCACAUCUGGUGAUCCACAGAGAGCAGCUACCUGACCCCGCUGUGCAGAAAUACAUCCAUCCAUGUGAGGUUUGUGGGCGCAUCUUCAACAGCUAUGGAAACCUGGAGAGACAUAAGAUCAUCCACACUGGGGUCAAAAGUCACAGCUGUGAUAAGUGUGGGAAGUCAUUUGCCAGAAAAGAUAUGCUCAAGGAACACCUGAGGGUCCACGAUGACAUCAGAGACUACCUGUGUGCAGAGUGUGGCAAAGGUAUGAAGACCAAACAUGCUCUGAGACAUCACAUGAAGCUGCACAAAGGCAUCAAAGAGUACGAGUGUAAAGAGUGUAACCGCAAGUUUGCUCAGAAAGUCAACAUGCUGAAACACUACAAGAGGCACACAGGCAUAAAAGACUUCAUGUGUGAACUGUGUGGGAAAACCUUUAGUGAGAGGACGACUCUAGAGACGCAUAAGCUCAUUCAUACAGUGGGUAAAACCUGGACCUGUCCAACAUGUGACAAAAAGUAUCUGACGGAAUACAUGCUGCAGAAGCAUGUGCACCUGACCCACGAGAAGGUGGAGGCGCAGUCAUGUGACUUAUGUGGGACAAAGGUGUCCACCCGCGCCUCAAUGAACAGACACCUGCGCCGCAAACACCCUGAGUUGGUCUCUAUGAGAAUGGAUGAAUUUGAUGAUCUUCAGGAACCUUCAACAAUCAAUGAGUCCUCAAUCAGCAUCGUACAGCCCACACUUACUCUGGAAAAGGACACUUUGUCUCAGACGAGACCUGGACGACCGCCUCGCAGCACCAAGAAGAAGCAAAGAGCUCAAGCCGAUCCAGAACUGUCCGACACAGACGACUUUGUGGAUUUCACUGCUACAAAACAAGAGUCCAUGCCUGAGUUUAGAACAGUCAUCGUUGGUGAGGAGACAGAGACCAGCUCCGCGGUGCAGAGCAUUCAGCAGGUCGUGGUCCUGGCUGACCCAAAUGUGUCUGCUGCUCCGUCCUCUAACAGCUCAGUGGGGCUGACAAACAUAACUGUCACUCCCAUCACCAGCACGCCCCCAGCACAGUUCACCAGCCUUCAGCCUGUGGCUGUGGGUCACCUAGACAACCCCAUCCUCACUGUGACCUUUGACACAGUGAGUGGCUCUGCCAUGCUUCACAAUCGCCCCCCGGAUCUGGUCCCAGAGACGGUGGGCCCCACAGCAGCCCCUCAGUCUGUGGCCCACUUCAUUAACCUCACCACUCUGGUCAAUCCAAUGAGCCAUUCACUGGAGCCCUCCACUCUGGCCUGGAGACCUGUCCCACCAGCAGAGGGCAGCACUGUCACAGCAGGGGCAGAGGCUUCUGUGGAAAACCAGGACAAUCAGAACCCGGAGCUGGGACAGUCUGCACAGAGCCAGUCUCCUGCUACACAACCAAGUGGCUCAUCUCAGCCAAUGUUUAGCUACUUAAAAGCUGAGGCGCUGGACGCUUCUCAUCACAUUACAUAGUCUCUGUAUUAGAUUGGUAUUCACUGUAGAGCUAAACAGAAGUCACACAGAUGCCUCUCCAUUGGACUAAAGGAAACAGUUUUUUUUGUUUUUUUUAGGUUUUUAUGGCACUUACUGACAAGAUGUAGCGAGAUUUUUCUUUUCUCACACAUCAAAACCAAAGCAUUUUGAUAGAGUUGAGAAUGCCUUCUGUCUAAGCCUUUAAAACUGCAUGGCUGUAAUAUCUAUUGAUUACCCAUCUGUUAAUCAUCUGUCAAUCAAAUCUGACUCUGGUUAAAUCAAUUGAAAUGAGUUGUAGUAUUGUGUGAAUAAUUAUUUUUGACUGUUGUAUUUUACAUUUUCUUCUGCCUUGGAAACAUGCUGAAAACCUUUUGUACUUAAAACAAAUUACCAU